UGUAGACAUUCCUCUCUUGCACGCUAGAACUGAAGCAGCCAAGAAGAAGAUCUUCUUUGUUCGAUACAGUCUCCGCUUCUCGUCUUCUUCUUCAAGGUAUGGCUUCUCUCAAUUACUCCUCACUUCGUACUUUUCUCAGAUCGGCCUCUUUUCAUACCUCCAAAGCUUCAAUAAAAGGCCGCGAUUUUGAUUUCAACGGCAUCGAUGAUGCUGUUCACUGCUUUAAUCGGAUGGUUCACAUGCACCCUCCACCUUCUACGUUCGAAUUUAAUCGAUUGUUUAGUUCAAUCGUGAAAAUGAAUCACUAUUCAGUCGUGAUUUCACUGGCUAAAUCUAUGGAGUUGUUUGGUAUCAAGCACAAUAUCUGCACUUUUAAUAUAUUGAUCAACUGCCUCUGCUGUUUGAGGCGUGUGGAUUUUGGGUUUUCUCUUUUGGGGAAAAUCCUGAAACUUGGUCUCCAACCUGAUACUGUAACAUUCACCACCAUCAUCAAGGGAUUGUGUGCUGAGGGUAAAGUUGCCUAUGCUGUGAGAUUUUUUGAUGAGAUGGUGGAUAAUGGUUAUCAACCCAAUGUAGUUACUUACACCACUAUGAUGAAUUGUUUUUGUAAAGGAGGAUACACCCACAUCGCACUCCAUUUACUCAGCAAAAUGGAAAAUAGAGGUUGUAAACCAGAUGUGGUGGCAUAUAAUAUAGUCAUUGAUGGCCUAUGCAAGGACAUGCGAUUUGACAAUGCUUUCAAUCUGUAUUUGGAAAUGAUGGAUCAAGGUGUCACACCAGAUGUCGUCACGUAUAACUCUUUAAUUCAAGGUGGAUGCAAUUCAGGCCAAUGGAAGAAGACUACUAGGUUAUGGAAUGAAAUGAUUGCAAAGAAGAUCACACCGAAUGUCAUCACUUUCAGUAUUAUCGUUGAUAUGCUAUGUAAAGAAGGGAAGAUUUUAGAGGCUGAAUGUGUUCUUAAGAAGAUGAUUGAGGACGGGGUGGACCCUAAUGUGGUCACAUAUAGUGCAUUGAUGGACGGAUAUUGUCUAAUAGGCCGAAUUGAUAAGGCAUUGAGAGUGUUUGACACGAUUGCUAAAAGGGGUUUUCAACUUAAUGUUGUUAGUUAUAAUAUCUUAAUCAAUGGAUUAUGUAGGAGUAAACGUAUAAAGAAAGCAAUGGGAUUUUUUAGUGAUAUGAAUUCCAAAGGGUUGCUUGCUAACACUAUUACAUACAAUACCCUUGUAAGUGCAUUGUGCAAUGUAGGCAAAGUUCAACCGGCAAAAGAUCUUCUUGAGGAGAUGUGUGCACGCGGUCAUACUCCAAACUUGAUAACUUACAACACUUUAUUAGAUGGUUUAUGCAAGCAUGGGUAUCUUGAUGAGGCAUUGGUUUUGUUUAAAGCAAUGGAAGAAAGUGGGUUGGAACUUGAUAUUAUAACUUAUAACACCAUCAUUGAUGGUUUAAGCAAGGGCGGGAAGCUUAAUAUUGCAACUGACCUGUUUUCCAGCUUGUCUGUGAAGGGCGUAAAUCAUGAUAUAAAGUCGUAUAAUAUCAUGAUCAACGGCCUCUGUAAAGAAGGGCACUUAAGUGAAGCAUACCGGCUUUUCACUGAAAUGGAAGGUAAUGGUUUGUCCCCAGAUGGCAGUAUUUAUAAUGCAAUCAUCCGAGGAUUUUUCCGCAACAGCAACAUAUCUUUGGCAAUGCGGCUUCUUCAAGAAAUGCGUGAUAAGGGGUUCUCUGGAGAUGCAUCUACUGCAGAGAUGCUAGUGGAUUUGUUAUCUAACGAUGCCUAUGACAAAUCAGUUUCCGAAGAACUUCGUAAGCUACUGUCAACUUGAUCACUGAUGCAUGCAUCAGACCUGUUAUUCCUGUG